GUCGAUAGGUUAGAGAAGAAACAAGAUUUUGAUCGAUUCUUAACAAAAAUGAAUUUCCGUAAUCUGAUUACUUCCGGUUCUCGCCUCGGCAAGAGAUUCUGUGCAACGGUAUUUGCUCCGGCGUCGGCGACUGGCGUCGUCGAAGCCUCUGUUUCUUCUCCAGCGGCGGCGAAUGGCGUCGAAACCUCUGUUCCUGCUCCGACGGCGGCAAAUGGCGUCGAAGCCUCUAUUUCUGCUCCGGCGGCGGCAAAUGGCGUCAAAGCCUCUGUUCCUGCUCCGACGGAGGCAUCAAGGCAGCGAGAGUUGUACAAGAAACUGUCUAAGCUUAGUGUGGCGGGAGGGACAGUGGCAGAGACUUUAAAUCAGUUCAUCAUGGAGGGUAUUACGGUCAGAAAAGUCGAUCUCUUUCGCUGUGCUAAGGACCUUCGCAAAUUCCGUCGACAUCAACACGCUCUUGAGAUCUUUGAUUGGAUGGAGAAGAGGAAGAUGACAUUUUCUGUCUCUGACCAUGCAAUUCGUUUGGAUCUAAUUGCAAAGACUAAAGGCUUAGAAGCAGCUGAGAACUACUUGAACAACUUAGAUCCUUCUGCAAAGAAUCAUCAGUCGACUUAUGGGGCGCUCAUGAACUGUUAUUGUGUGGAACUUGAGGAAGAGAAAGCAAAGGCUCAUUUUAAGAAAAUGGAUGAGCUUAACUUUGUUAACAAUUCGUUACCAUUUAAUAACAUGAUGUCUAUGUACAUGCGGUUGAGUCAACCCGAGAAGGUACCUGUGUUGGUUGAUGCGAUGAAACAGAGGGGUAUAUCUCCUUGUGGGGUAACUUACUCUAUAUGGAUGCAGAGCUGUGGAAGUUUGAAUGACUUAGAUGGAUUAGAGAAGAUUAUUGAUGAAAUGGGCAAAGACAGUGAAGCUAAAACCACUUGGAAUACUUUCUCUAAUCUAGCUGCAAUCUUCACUAAAGCAGGUCUUUACGAGAAGGCAGAAUCUGCGCUGAAAUCUAUGGAAAAGAAGAUGAACCCUAACAACCGUGAUUCCCACCAUUUUCUCAUUAGUUUGUACGCUGGAAUCUCGAAAGCUCCUGAGGUUUAUAGAGUUUGGGAAUCGCUGAAGAAGGCUCGUCCUGAGGUCAACAACUUGAGCUAUCUUGUCAUGUUACAAGCAAUGAGUAAACUCGGCGACAUAGAUGGUAUUAAGAAGAUUUUCACAGAGUGGGAAUCAAAAUGCUGGGCAUACGAUAUGAGGCUGGCUAAUAUCGCGAUUAACACGUAUUUGAAAGGGAAUAUGUAUGAAGAAGCAGAGAAGAUUCUUGAUGGUGCCAUGGAAAAGUCUAAAGGACCUUUCUCCAAAGCGAGACAGCUUCUGAUGAUCCAUCUGUUGGAGAAUGGUAAAGCGGAUUUGGCUAUGAAGCAUUUGGAAGCAGCGUUUUCUGAUUCCGCGGAGAACAAAGACGAAUGGAGCUGGAGCUCAGAGCUAGUCAGCUUGUUUUUCCUUAACUUUGAGAAAGCUAAAGAUGUAGAUGGAGCAGAAGAUUUCUGCAAGAUUUUGUCGAAUUGGAAACCUCUUGAUGCUGAAACUAUGAGCUUUCUCAUAAAGACUUAUGCAGCAGCAGAGAAAACUUGUCCUGAUAUGCGAGAGAGAUUGUCUCAACACCAGAUCGUAAGUUUCCUCUUAAGAGUCUGUAAUCUUUGGACGAUUGAGGAAGUUGCGAGUUUCGAAAGCCGAAAAGCGGUUUAUCCAGGGGGAGUACAGGGAGAACAAGAUCUUGAAGUAGAUAUUGAAGCUGGUCGAUCUGAUGUUACACAAGAAUCCACAUCAGAUACUGUUUCAGGCAAUGGGGUCUGGAGUGACCGGGUGAAUUUUGGUGUUUCUGAAAAGAUUGCUGAUGAUCUGAUCUGUCCAUUAAUGGGAGACGAAAAGCGGGUAGAAACUAGCAGUCAAAGUUUGGGUCUUGCAGAGAUAAAAUGCGAUAAUGGAAAGUUUAAGAAGUCGAGAAAAGCUUCAAAGCCUCCGAGACCUCCAAAAGGUCCUUCCUUGAGUGAGAACGACCGUAAGAUCAUGAGGGACAUACAAGAGCUAGCUAUGAGAAAGCGUGCAAGGAUUGAAAGGAUGAAAAAUUCCCUAAAAAGAAUGAAAGCAACCAAGUCGUCACCAUCAUCUCCAUGCAUUACCAUUUUCUCGAUGAUAAUAACGGCUCUAUUCUUCGCCUUUCUAGUCUUCCAAGGAUUCUCUACAGGCAGUUCGAGUUUGAGUUCGGACAAAUCACCUGCACCAACUGUUUCACCUAACAACCGAUUGAUUUCAGUUCACUUGUACAAUGAUUUUGCUCCCGUUGAGCAAACCGAUCCCAGCCCAACCACCUCAAUCAGGUACACGAGGAAGCGAAUUUCGGGUGCAGAAGAAGAAGACUCGAGAGACGUUACUAGAUGAGUUCUCUGUUUAGUCUUCUUGACUCAAACGGUUAACUCUUUUGGUCAAAGUUUUGUUCAUAGGCUAAAAUUUGUAAAAAAACGACUGCGUUUUAAACAAUGAGGAUGAUGAUAUUUCACUAACCGGGAGAGUUUUCAAUUGUAUUUUGAAAAUAAAAGAUUGUGAGCAUC